AUGGAUUUAGUUUUGGAGUUUUUCGACUCUUACGGACUGGACUAUGUUUAUUCCAGAACCCUGCCAGCGUCCCUGGCUUCCGGCUUCCCAACUGGGCUGCAGCAGGCGCUGUCACUCAACCAAGGUAAUUUGACGGGCGUCGCAUCAGCAGCGACUGUUUCCGGUUCCAGCGGUAUGUAUGGGUACAGUCCAUACUUGUUCAAAAUGAGCCAAUACACCUCGGCCUCGCUGCUGCCCCGUUACAACGUGUUCAGACAGUUUUUGUCGUUGUUUUGCAUCACCACAGUAUUCGGAUGGCUGUUGUAUUUUGCCGUAGCGUCCUUUUCUUACGUCUUCAUCUUUGACAAAGCCAUCUUCAACCAUCCUCGCUACCUGAAGAACCAGAUGUCACUGGAAAUCAAACAGGCAGUGUCGGCCAUCCCAUUUAUGGUGCUUUUGACGGUGCCAUGGUUCUUAUUGGAACUGCAAGGUAUGUCCAAGUUGUACAUGACGAUAGACUAUGAAAACCACGGAGUACGUCAGUUUUUCUUGGAGUACGUUUACUUUUUGAUGUUCACCGACUGCGGUAUUUACUUAUUGCACAGGUGGUUGCACUGGCCAAGCGUCUACAAAAUGCUUCACAAGCCCCACCACAAGUGGCUGGUAACUACUCCUUACGCCUCGCACGCUUUCCACCCAGUGGAUGGCUACAUCCAGUCGUUACCAUACCAUGUCUACCCUAUGCUUUUCCCACUACACAAAGUGUCAUAUUUGAUCUUGUUCACUUUUGUCAACUUCUGGACUGUGAUGAUCCACGACGGCGAGUACUUGGCCAACGAUCCUGUGGUAAAUGGUGCAGCUUGCCACACUGUACACCACCUCUAUUUCAACUACAACUACGGCCAGUUCACAACGCUCUGGGACAGACUGGGUGGAUCUUACCGUGAGCCCGACAGAGAAUUGUUCAACAAAUCGUUGAAGAAGAGCAGCAAGACAUGGGAUGAACAGAUUAAGAAAAUGGAGGUCAUCAAGCAGAAAGUAGAAGGGGACAAAGACGAUAGAGUAUAUGGGACCGAAGAAAAGCUGCUUAAAAAGACGAAUUGA